CGCCCGCCGGGCUGCAGCCUGCGCUCCCAGCCCUCCCAUUCCUCCCCGCCCCGCCGCCGCUUGCCGAGCGAUUUGUCCCGCUGCAGGGCGGGGAAGCGGCCGCGUCGCUGGAAGCGGGCGGAGAGCGAGGCGGCGCGGAGCUUGGGAUGCCGCUGCUGAGCCGCUCCCUGCACAGCCUGACUCCGGACCAGCCAGCCAGCCAGGUUCUGAACGGUGCCUGAACAGAAGUUAAAGAGCCAGGAGCUGCCAUCGGAGACAGGCUGCAGAAUAAUUAGUCACCAUGACGACAGAGACGGGCCCAGACUCAGAGGUGAAGAAUGCCCAGGAGGAGCCCCCACAGCAGCAGCUGGAGGCAGCGGCAGCCAGCCCAACCACAGUGACUACUGGCCCCGGCCCGACGGCCGACAACCGGGAAGCUGAGGCCAACGAGAAGCCCAGAGCCCAGGCCGACUCCAAAAGUGCAGAGCCGGGCAUGGAUUUGGAGGAGAAGGACUACAGCGAAACAGACGGGCUGUCGGAGAAAACCACACCCAGCAAGACCCAGAAAUCCCCCCAGAAAAUUGCCAAGAAGCUCAAGAGCGCCAUCUGCAGGGUGACCCUGCUCGACGCCUCCGAGUAUGAGUGUGAAGUGGAGAAACAUGCCCGGGGCCAGGUGCUCUUCGACAUGGUGUGUGAGCACCUCAACCUCCUGGAGAAGGAUUACUUCGGCCUGACGUUCUGCGACUCCGACAGCCAGAAGAACUGGCUGGACCCCUCCAAGGAAAUCAAAAAGCAGAUCCGCAGUGGCCCCUGGAACUUUGCCUUCACUGUUAAAUUCUACCCACCUGACCCUGCCCAACUCACAGAGGACAUCACAAGAUACUACCUGUGUCUGCAGCUGCGGGCUGACAUCAUCACGGGCCGCCUGCCCUGCUCCUUCGUCACGCAUGCCCUGCUGGGCUCCUAUGCCGUGCAGGCCGAGCUGGGAGACUACGACGCUGAGGAGCACGUCGGCAACUACGUCAGCGAGCUGCACUUCGCGCCCAACCAGACCAGGGAGCUGGAGGAGCGCAUCAUGGAGCUGCACAAGACCUACAGGGGCAUGACGCCAGGCGAAGCGGAGAUCCACUUCCUGGAGAAUGCCAAGAAGCUCUCCAUGUACGGAGUCGACCUGCACCACGCCAAGGACUCAGAAGGCAUUGACAUCAUGCUAGGCGUCUGUGCCAACGGCCUGCUGAUCUACAGGGACAGGCUGAGGAUAAAUCGCUUUGCCUGGCCCAAGAUCCUCAAGAUUUCCUACAAGAGGAGCAACUUCUACAUCAAAAUCCGCCCCGGCGAGUAUGAGCAGUUCGAGAGCACCAUUGGCUUCAAGCUGCCCAACCACCGCUCCGCCAAGAGGCUCUGGAAGGUCUGCAUUGAGCACCACACCUUCUUCAGGCUGGUGUCCCCAGAGCCGCCCCCAAAGGGCUUCCUGGUGAUGGGCUCUAAGUUCCGCUACAGUGGGCGGACGCAGGCCCAGACCCGCCAGGCCAGUGCCCUGAUCGACCGGCCUGCGCCCUUCUUCGAGCGCUCCUCCAGCAAACGGUACACCAUGUCUCGCAGCCUCGAUGGAGAGUUCUCACGCCCGGCCUCCGUCAGCGAGAACCACGACGGAGGGGCGGGGUCCGAGAGGCGGGACGAGGACAGCGAGUACAGCGGGUGGCAACGCUCCGAGGCGGAGGAUGAAUUUGAGGAAGUGACGACCCCGACGAAAAUCAAGGAGCUGAAGCCGGAGCAGGAAACCACCCCCAGGCACAAACAGGAGUUUUUAGACAAACCAGAAGAUGUUUUGCUAAAGCACCAGGCCAGCAUCAACGAGCUGAAGAGGACGCUGAAGGAGCCCAACAGCAAGCUAGUUCACAGGGACCGGGACAGGAGGCUGCCUUCAUCACCAGCCUCUUCCUCACCCAAGAAUGAGGAUGAGACGCCAAAGGGGACCCCGGAGAAGGCCAGUGAGAGGAUGGAAGAGGAUUUCCUAGAGGAGUUUUCAGCUGAGCAUGGAGCUGCCUUAUCCAUGGAGUCUUUCACCCAGAAAAGUCUUGCCUCUUCUCCUGAGAGCAAAUCUCAGGAACCAAUUUGGGAAGAAAAGGAUUUAUCUGAUCCAUCAGUAAAAGCCGCCCCGAAAGAAGAGGGUUUAAGGACUGCUAUUCCAGUGGUCUCCCAGAGAGCGGGAGCAAAGGAGGGAGCAGAGGAGAAAGCGAAGCCACCUCGGCACAGGGCUCCUGAGAGCGACACUGGGGAUGAGGAGCAAGACCAGGAGAGGGAUUCAGUCUUUCUGAAGGACAACCACUUGGCCAUCGAGCGAAAGUGCUCGAGCAUCACGGUCAGCUCGACCUCCAGCCUGGAAGCCGAGGUGGACUUCACUAUGAUCGGCGACUUCCAUGGAACAGCCUUUGAAGACUUCUCCAGAAGUCUGCCUGAGCUUGAUAAAGACAUGAGUGAGAGGGAAGCUGAAGGUGUGAUUUCCUCCCAGGAUGCUGACAAAGCAGCUCCUGGCCAAGAAGAAGAUGCCAAGGAAGGGGAGCAGGGCUCCCACCAUAUCCCAGAAGUGUCCCACUUUGAGUCAUCCAUUCUGAAACCAGAGGCUGCGACUGUCAGCUCGGUGGCUGGCACAAAGAAGGCGGAACCAGAGGUCUCCGUGCACCACAGAGUCACCACGGUGGAAACAACACAGGUUGACAGAGGCACCACGGGUGGAAAAGAGACAACAGCCACGUCCCACAUCGUCACCACAGAAAGCAUAUCAGUGACCUCAGAUCACAGUACCAAGCCUGGGAAAGGAAUGAGCCCCGCUACUGAACUUCGCUCCAUAUCUCCGAUCUCUAGCAGCUCUGCUGGGAAGGAAGUUCUCACCAGCAUAUUUGGUGCCACUGCAGAAACCCUCUCCACCUCCACCACUACCCACGUUACCAAGACUGUGAAAGGAGGGUUUGCAGAGACCAGAAUAGAGAAGCGGAUCAUUAUUACGGGAGAUGAAGAUGUGGAUCAAGACCAGGCAUUAGCUUUGGCAAUCAAAGAGGCAAAACUACAGCACCCUGACAUGCUGGUAACCAAAGCUGUGGUAUAUAGAGAAACAGAACCAUCUCCAGAGGAAAGAGACAAGAAACCGCAGGAAUCUUGACUGCCGUGUUUACAGAAGUUGGCAUCUCUAUUCAAACCCAACUUGGAGAACAAUGAAGAAGGGGCCUUCCUGCUGGAUUCCUCAAUGAGACCUAGACGUCCUGGCUGCAACAUUAAUGGCGAGAGACAAAAUUUUUUAAAAAAGGAAUAGCAAAUAUAUAAUAUAUAUAUAUAUAUAUUAUAUAUAUAUAUAUACAGGAAACAAAAUGCAUCCUUGCACUGCUGCUAUAUGCUGGAGGUGAAUUGCAAACAGCAACAUCAACAAUAACACACAAAACCAACCGCCUACUUUAGUCUUUGCAGACAAAUUGAAGAAUUGACUGGAUUUAUCAGAAAAACAAACAACAAAUCAUGAUAAUAAUAAUAUUAUUAACAUACAAUAAACCGCCAUUUUGCAUGUUACAUUUAAAGGACACACAACUCAUGGGUUCAUUUGUUGCACACUGAAUGGAAAGGAAACGUGCUUUGCAACAAAGCAGCAAACAAAAAAACUCCAACAACCCACAAGCAGAUGCAAAACUAUUCACCACCUAAGGAAAGAAGAGAGAGAACCAUUGAAUUGUUUGAUUACUUUGUAAUUAUUUUCUGCUUCAGGAUGUGUGGUGAUCAGCCCUCUUCCCCAUUCCAUGCUAGUUCUGUUACAUCAUUUUUUGAUUCUGUUCUUACCCACCCACUUGUCCUUCCUACUCUUUCCUCUCUCCACUUGUCCGGUCUCUUGUUCUGCUGAAGGUAAUUAAGAACAGAUCUCAUUUAAAACAAAACUAUAUGUAUAUGGUUUCUCAUUUAUAAAAAUGCAGUCUGUAGGGGUUUCAUAUGAAUGUGCUUUUAAGUUAUGUAUAUUAUAUAUAACUGGGGGUGUGGAGUGGCGGGUGGGAAACGAUAUUAAACUAAUUAAACCGUGCUGGUAAGUUUGCUGAUGACAUUUUUAAAUUAUAAUUGUUUGGUUGACUGUGGUUGAUAUACUAUGAGAAUCUUAGCUCACACUGAUAUCCCACAAGAAGAGAACAGGGAACAUUUCAUUAGCUGCUGCUCUUUCAGAGGGUGGAAUGGGAUGUUUGCCACGGAGUUGAUGCACUGCGGCAGGAGGGGUUGGUGUAGUGACACAGUGUAUGGUGUUUGUAAUUGGUUGGUUGGUGGUAAGGGAGUGCUCAGCAACCUGGAGGGGUGGGGGACUGGGAAAGAAGGAAUGGACUGCAUCCAUUUACUAUUACCAAAAUGUGCCAGACAGAAAUGUCUCCCCAUUCCCCAAAUCCAAAAAUGUUGAGGUUGUUUGGAGCCUCGAGGUUAGACUGUUUGAUUCCCAGGCUUCCAGCAUCUAGGAGUCUUUGACUCCUCAGAUCUGGAGCCCUAGCAGCAGUAGAGGUAUCAUAUCACACUUGUCAGCAGGUUCUUGAAAACCAGGCACCUGGGCUGAGUUAGGGAUCCAUACAGUGAUCCCCCCAACUGGUCUAGUCACUUGUGUUAGCUUCAUUUCUGAACCUCACCCCAGCUCGAGAGCUUUUGAAGUGAAAUGUUUGAGGUAAGCAAGUACCUCUCCACAGGAAGCUGUAUGAUUGCAUUUUGCCAGGGUGGCUGUAGGUGGUGCAACAGCUGUCCUGGCGGGAAUAGGUGAAUGGCAGCUCCCUCAUCCAUUUCCUCCAUGGUACUGUCCACUGAUACUCUGGCUUAGGGUUGACUCCUGUCCACCGACAGUUGAUGAGGAAUAUACCAUGUGACAAACAUGCAGAGAAUAGCAGGUUUACAGGGCUGGAUAGCAUUGCCCAGUCAUCCAGAACUUAGAGGGCAGAUGCUGAUAAGGCAGCAGGAACGCAGAGAGGCUGCUUUCCCCACAACUGGACAGAACUUGGCACUUAGAUAAAGUCUUCCUCUGCUGCUGCCUUUGGAGUGGAGGCUGGGACCUGAGGCACUGUGUGAGACAGGCAGUUAGGGCAGACUUAGAACCAAAAAAAAAAAAAGAAAAGAAAAGAAAAUGAACUGAUUUCUAGAUGGAAUUGUGACUAGCUCCUGAAGCUACAUAAGGGUCCACAAACAUUGCACCAUCUUUAUCUUUAUAUCCACACACACCCCGCUCCCCCCCCCCCACAUACACUUAAUGCCUGGAGAGGAAGCACCUCUAACUAGUCCCCAUGAUGAGAUCUGGGAAUCCUACUGAAAAUGGACAACUUGAAUAUUUAGAAUCCAGUGGGCAUACCCCAUAUGAUCAAUUUCCUACCAUAGCAGGGACUCCUGAGUCUCUGGUGGGCCUUGGUCUUUCCAGUUGUCUUCUAUUGUGUCUCCAUGAAGUCUGUUCUCCUUUUCGCACAUGGGUUUCUCAUGUAAGCAUUAAAGGGAUGAGCACUGGUUCCCUGACAAGAGCACUCAUUCUUGUGCUAGUGCCUGUGAGGGUCAUUUCAGGCUUCUGAUGAAUCCAAAUGUGUUGUGUUCUCCCUGGAUUCUACCUGAAAGUUCACAGCCACCCAUAACCUGCUGCUGCUUUAGGGACAACACCCACCAAAACCAAAAGGAGUGUCAGCAAUUACACAAAGUCUUUUUUUUUUUUUUAAACAUACUCAAGUCAGCUGUAAAAAACACAUAUGCUUUCAGGACGAAAAGCCCAACUCAGAGGACCUGUUCCCAAGAGCUGUGUACGGCAGUGAGCCUGUCUGUUCUGCUAUCAGAGGGAGUAAAUCCCCCCAUGCAUCACACUGUUUGACACAUUUUGAAUUUCAAACAAAAAAAAAAACCUGGUAGAAACUUGAUGCCAUUGAAAUUGAAUUGGAGGCUACUUUGAAACUGAUUCUGAUCUCGCUCAUGCUAGUGUAAAAUCUGGAGUCAUUCCAUUAACAACAGUGGAGUUGCACUGCUGCAAAAUCAGUGGAAGCGAGAUUAGAAACAGACCCUGCAGGUUCAAAGCUAAAAAACAGUGGACCCAUUUCUCUGGAUUCCUCACAGUGAGUGACAAUGGGGGUGGGGGGGGAGAGCAUGAGUCUUUUGCUCACCUGGCAAGAUGUGGGUUUUAUAGAUAUAUAUAAUCCACACCUUGCCAGGUGAGCAAUAGACUCAAGCUUUUUUCUUUAUAUAUUUGUUAUAUAUCUAUAUUGUUUGUGAUGGUGUUGAAGCCGUACAUCACUCUAAGGCCUUGGCUUCCUCCCACCUUCUUCAUCACUGUUGCUGACAUUUCAGAUAGUUGAUCACUAUUUUUCUUUUUUCUGGGGGCCUUUCCAUUGAAGUGGGUGGGAGACACGAGUGCCUGUUUGUCCCUCAAUCUGCAAAUUCAUUUCAAAACUUGCCUGCAGUUGCAUGAGUGAUGAUAAUAAUAAACAUGAUUUUUAUUUGAAAAGCACCUUACCAACCAACUGCAAUGCUCUGUCGUUCCUUCACUAACUCCCCUUUCCUCUUCCCCUGUUCCUCUUCUCCCCCUUGGCCCUUUCAGUCAUAUUCUUUUUCAGUGCUUGGUGGUGUAUGCGUGUGUGCUCACUGUUCUUGUAUUCAAUAAAAGUGAAAUAAAUGUGUUUGAUGCUCAACCA